UCUAUUUAGCCACAGAGAUUUCCUGUCUCCAAAGUGUCUGUGUAUAUCCCUGAGAGAAGCAAACAGAGAGUGCAAUGAGGCAUUUCACUUUGGUUCUUCUUCUUGCCCUUUUGAUCCACCAAAAUUGUUUUAACAACAUCCAUGUUGAAGCAGGAGAUGGUUUUGUCAGGACCAAAGGAGUGAACUUCCAGUUGAAUGGCAGCCCUUUCUACGCCAAUGGGUUUAAUGCCUACUGGCUAAUGUAUGCUGCAUCCGAUCCCUCUCUGAGGCCCAAGGUCUCAGCUGCAUUUCACGAAGCUUCUGUUCAUGGCCUCACCGUCGCCAGAACUUGGGCUUUCAGUGACGGUGGCUACCAACCUUUGCAGUAUGCGCCUGGUUCCUACAAUGAGGGAAUGUUUAAGGGGCUGGAUUUUGUAAUAUCUGAAGCAAGGAGGAAUGGAAUCAAGCUGAUACUGAGUUUUGCCAACAACUAUGAGAGUUUUGGUGGGAAGAAGCAGUAUGUAAACUGGGCAAGAAGUCAAGGGCAGUACCUGAGCUCUGAUGAUGAUUUCUUUAGAAACCCUGUUGUCAAGGGCUUCUACAAGAACCAUAUAAAGGCUGUUCUUAACAGAUACAACAGCUUUACCAGGAUGCAGUACAAAGAUGAUCCAACAAUUAUGGCCUGGGAGCUUAUGAAUGAGCCUAGAUGCACAUCUGAUCCUUCUGGGAGAACCAUUCAGGCUUGGAUAAUGGAAAUGGCUUCAUAUGUGAAGUCAAUGGACAGAAAUCACCUGCUGGAAGCUGGCUUAGAAGGGUUUUAUGGGCAGUCAACUCCUGAGAGGAGGAGACUGAAUCCCAGUUUAUAUAUUGGAACAGAUUUCAUCGCAAAUAACCGGAUCCCUGGCAUUGAUUUUGCAACAGUUCACUCCUAUCCUGACCAAUGGUUAUCCAGUUCAAAUGAUCAAUCUCAGCUUUCCUUCUUGAACAACUGGCUUGACGCUCACAUUCAUGAUGCACAAUACAUUCUCCAGAAGCCAAUACUGCUUGCUGAAUUCGGAAAAUCUGGGAAAGAUCCUGGCUUCAGCAGCUACCAGAGAGAUCUAUUGUUCAAUACUGUGUACUACAAGGUAUACUCAUCUGCAAAAAGAGGUGGUGCAGCUGCUGGAGGCCUGUUUUGGCAACUUCUAACUGAAGGUAUGGACUCCUUUAGGGAUGGAUAUGAGAUCAUUUUUAGUGAGAGCCCCUCAACAGCAAAUUUAAUCUCCCAACAGUCUCACAAGCUCUAUCAGAUUCGUAAGCUUUUUGCCAGAAUGAGAAACUUUACAAGAUGGAAGCGUGCAAGGGCUGUAAGAAGGGGUCAAUGGCCUGGUAGAAAUGGGGGUAGGCACAUAGGAAACUGAAAAGAUGCGCUUGCUAAUGCAAAAUUGAGGCCCUUAUUUCCAAAUUGCAACCUCUCUGGUGUCUAAUAUAUGAAGUGAAGAUAGUUUACAACAGUUUGUAAGGUUUCUCUCUUAGUGAUGAAUGUUGUUCGUCCAGGAGGAUAGCUACGCUAGUAUAUGACUGUUUCUAUAUAUUUUUAUUAAGCUGUCACUUGUGUUACUAAGGAGACUCUAUUUGCUUGGAAAGGAAAUGAAAAUUGAGACCUUUCAAGCUUGUUUGUUUCAUGAUGUUAAUCAUGUUGUACUUCUAUGUCUUGGAUAUGAAAUUAUAGAUACUUUUAUCUGUUUUUCUGCAACAUAAAAAGAUUUUGCUUUC